AUGUUAGUGGGUUCCACGAUUUUUGCGGACAAGACCUUUACGCUUGUCGAGGCACGAUACCUCUCACUAUUUAUAGACUUGGAUGACAUAUCAGGACACAGUUGGGGAGAAACUGCAUUGGUUACCCUUUAUAGAUAUCUCAUAGAUGCUUCCAUGUUCAGUUGUAAGCAGCUCGGUGGUUACCUAACUCUCCUACAAUGUUGGAUUCAUGAGUAUUUUCCAACACUUGGUAAAAAAGGAGAGAAUUGA